GCCACUUCGUUACAAUAAAAAUUUUAAAUUGUGCAUUUCAUAAUCAUGGGAAAAAGGAAGCGAAGUAAUUCCCGGAUAAGGCGUAAAAUAAGACGUCUGGAAAAACGUCUUCGACGUUCGUCAUCGACUGAAUAUGAAGAAAACUAUCGUGACAAACAAACUCCACCGCGUGACUCACAAAGUGUUCUCAUCGACUCUUCAAGAUCAGAAUCGUCACCAGAACCUAGCUCCGUAAGGUCUGAGGUGAUAGUCACUAAUAUAAGUGAAAAACCGACUUCUAAUGACCCAUUAGCCGGCACAAGCUCAGAAACUGUCAAAAUUCCCGAGGAGCUUCCUCCAGAAAUAAUUGAAGCACUUGGUGACUACCAAAGCAAAGAUGAAACACUUGGUCCAGCCAUCAGUGAAGAAAUCUCCAAACGCUGGGGUAGGAUUAUCGUCGAGGGAAUGACAAAAGAAGCAAAAGAGGCCAUUUUGCAGAAAAUUCUAAUACCCGAAAACUUUAAACUAGCGAAAGCUCCUAAGCUUAAUCAAGAAAUAUCUGCUGUUCUUAGUGACACCGUCCGGAAUAGGGACAAGCUUUUAGAAAAAGCUCAAAAUUAUCUUGGACUCGGAAUAGCGGGUUUAACAAACUUGGCUACAGAUAUUAUCUCGACAGAUUUAGAUAAAGUCAGUAUCCUAAAAAAACUGUCGGAAGUUAGUCAGAUACUGCUCGAUCUCCACUAUGAGGACACCAAAACUAGAAGAAAGCUAGUUACUACAUCACUUGAUAAAAAAUUCUAUGGCAUGGUUGCAGAUGUGAAAAGAGACGAGUUUUUAUUCGGUACUGCCUUAGGUGAUAAAAUUAAAGCCGCUAAGGCCGCUGAAAGAUCAGGGUUUCAGAUUAAGCGAGUGGAUAAUCAUCCUCGCCCUACUAAUGGCCCCCAGGGAAACUGGCGAGGCCCACCCCGGAACCAAGCACCAGCAAAGGCACCCAGACAGGGUGGGCCAAAGAACCGUUACCAACCAUAUCAACCACAUCAAUCACAGACGUCACGCAGACAGCCAACAUCAGCGCGAGCAGCUCCCGCAGCGAAAGCGAACUCACGCACUCGCAGGACCUAAAUAAGGACCCCUCACCCAUUAUGGCAACAACUUACCCUGGUGUCGUCAGUAUUAUCAAGCGUGCAUUCUCAAGACA